UGACCGCAAAUUUGAUUAUGCGUGUAAUGCUUUUAUUAUGAAGGUGCAUUUUUAUGGUGAAAUCAUACUUGCUUAUGUCUGCCAGUUAGGCUCUACACCCUUGUAAAGCUGAUUAAUGUGCUUCAUUUUAAGAAGUUAUUUGGCCACAUUAGUUGUGAUACCUACCUUAUCAAAACACAUAGGCCUAUGGGCUAGGCUGCAUGAGGUGUGCAACUAUAAUUUGAAAAAGUAGCCAAAAAAAGGCAUUGCUUCUUGCCUUACGCUGGGCAUCAUUCACAAGUGAUAAUAUAUAUAUAGUUCAUAAGUGGGCUGAUAUUGUUACCCAUCAGACUAUUUUUGAUUUUGUCUUUACAUAUACUAAAUAAUGUGUGAAAUGUAUUUCAUUUAGAAUGGACCAUUAUCAUGCACCUGUUUCGAUACGGGGGCAGUGGAAAAAAUACAUGUCAUCUAUGCACUUAAAUAGCAAAUGGAGAAUGCUUUUCCCGUGGUUUAUUUUCAUGCCAGCCAGGUAGGCCAUGCUACUCUUGUUAAGAAAAGCAAUGUGCUUAAUAUUAGGAAAGUUGAGAAAUAAAUUUAGUAGGCCUAGUCUAUAGAAAGAUGAUGGGAUCCUCCUCUAUUUAGUUGAAGCCAUCACUCUGUUUUCUCACACAAUUGCAUAGCCUAUAGAAAUGUUGCGCAACAUUAUCUCCUGGGCUCUCAUUAAGUGUUUGGUUAGAUUUUUUAUGACAUUUGCAUUGAUGUCAGAGUGGUUAGAGGGACAAUAGAGUGCGGAGUACCAGGCAGUUAGCAAGUAUGGUAGGCUACUAAAUGACCAACAGUAGCAUCAGAGCUUGGAGAAGCCUAGUUACCGUGAGUAAACAGUCACAUGGAAUUUGACUACCUUCAUGACUCAUGACUGCCAGUUUGGCCGUAAUACGGUCACCGUAACAGACCUAAGUGGAGUUAGGAAGUUAGCUGUCAGAACUUCUACAAUGUAAAUGUACUUUUAAUCCAUUUGUCUGCAUAUUUCAAGGCAUGAGUGAGAUACCCAAUGGGUUGGACGAUACUUCUCUCAUCAAUCUUGUAAAAACGUGUACUUAACCUGGAAAUCAACCAUCCUCCAUCGUUAACACAACGGAAAGGAAUAGCGUGAUUUAUUAUCUAAAUGUUGAAAGUGCGUGGGCAAUGGAGAAAAACAAAACAAAGUGGUGCAGUUUGAGGCAAAUGUGGCGGAGAGUGAUACGGUAGCUGGAGACUGAGGUUGAGCAAGCAGGUGGGUCUGGGCAGGGGUGAUGUUGUGUAUGUUUGUGUGCAUCUGUAUGUUGCCAUGUUUUGUAUUGUAAAAAAAAAUGACAUAAACAUAAAAUCGUACAAAAAAAACGAGUAUUCCACUUUAGACUAUUGAAAUGUAUAAUAUAUUUGUAUAUUUUCACACACUCGACCAUGGAAGUCAGACACAGCGGGGUCGGGGAGGCGUUGCACUCCAUGAUGGACCUGGAGCACUCCCGUGUGUGAUAGGGCCAGUUCUCAGAGGAAUACCAGCCACUCCACUCCAUGGGGAAAGAGGCCUUCGGCUUCGUGUGGCAGGCCUGCAGACUCUCAGACGGACAGAAGGUGGUGGUGGUGAAGUUCAUCAGGAAGGGCAGGAUAGUGAGUGACUGCUUGGUAGAUGACCCCAUGCUGGGCCGUGUCUGCCAGGAGAUCGCCAUACUCACCCGCCUACAACACCACAACAUUGUCAAGGUAAAGAGGCAACAUUUUUCUCAUCCUCUUUGUGUUUUUCCUUCUCAUUUCAUAAAUGGUUCUGUGUGGGAGGUGUUUGAGAACGAGAGUUACUUCCAGAUGGUGAUGGAAAAGCACGGAGAGGGCCUUCAGACAGUGGCGUAUCUGAGGAACAAAGGCAUCUUCCACAGGGACAUAAAGGAUAAGAACAUCAUCAUCAACACAGAGUUCCACCCAGAGGUACUGUAGGGCGUAAGUACAUACAGUUGAAGUCAGAAGUUUACAUACACCAAAGCCAAAUACAUUUAAACUCAGUUUUUCACCAUUCCUAGUAAAAAUUCCCUGUCUUAGGUCAGUCAGAAUCACCACUUUAUUUGAAGAAUAUAAAAUGUCAAAAUAAUAGUAGAGAGAAUGAUUUAUUUCAGCUUUAUUUCUUUCAUCACAUUCACAGUGGGUCAGAAGAUUACAUACAGUCAAUUAGUAUUUGGUAGCAUUGCCUUCAAAUUGUUUAACUUGAAUCAAAUGUUUUGGGUAGCCUUCCACAAGCUUCCCACAAUAAGUUGGGUGAAUUUUGGUCCAUUCCUGGUGUAACUGAGUCAGGUUUGUAGGCCUCCUUGCUCGCACACACUUUUUCAGUUCUGCCCACAAAUGUUCUAUAGGAGUGAGGUCAGGGCUUUGUGAUGGCCACUCCAAUAACUUGACUUUGUUGUCCUUAAGCCAUUUUGCCACAACUUUGGAAGUAUGCUUGGGGUCAUUGUCCAUUUGGAAGACACAUUUGCGACCAAGUUAAACUUCCUGACUGAUGUCUUGCUUCAAUAUAUCCAUCUAUUUUGUGAAGUGCACCAAUCCCUCCUGCAGCAAAGCACCCCCACAACAUGUUGCUGCCACCCCCGUGCUUCACGGUUGGGAUGGUGUUCUUCGGCUUGCAAGACUCCCCUUUUUCCUUCAAACAUAACGAUGGUCAUUAUGGCCAAACAGUUCUAUUUUUGUUUCAUCAGACCAGAGGACAUUUCUCCAAAAAGUAUGAUCGUUGUCCCUAUGUGCCGUUUUUUUUAAUGACGGUUUUGGAGCAGUGGCUUCUUCCUUGCUGAGCGGCCUUUCAGGUUAUGUCGAUAUAGGACUCGUUUUACUGUGGAUAUAGAUACUUUUGUAUCCGUUUCCUCCAGCAUCUUCACAAGGUCCUUUGCUGUUGUUCUGGGAUUGAUUUGCACUUUUCACACCAAAGUACAUUCAUCUCUAGGAGACAGAACGCGUCUCCUUCCUGAGCGGUAUGACGGCUGCGUGGUCCCAUUGUGUUUAUACUUGUGUACUAUUGUUUGUACAGAUGAACAUGGUACCUUCAGGCGUUUGGAAAUUGCUCCCAAGGAUGAACCAGCCUUGUGGAGGUCUACAAUUUUUCUCCUUAGGUCUUGGCUGAUUUCUAUUGAUUUUCUCAUGGUGUCAAGAAAAGAGGCACUGAGUUUGAAGGUAGGCCUUGAAAUACAUCCACAGGUACACCUCUAAUUGACUCAGAUGAUGUCAAUUAGCCUAUCAGAAGCUUCUAAAGCCAUGGCAUCAUUUUCUGGAAUUUUCCAAGCUGUUUAAAGCCACAGUCAACUUAGUUUCUGACUCACUGGAAUUGUGAUACAGUGAAUUAUAGGUGAAAUAAUCUGUCUGUAAACAAUUGUUGGAAAUAUUACUUGUGUCUUGCACAAAAUAGAUGUCCUACCUGACUUGCCGAAAUUAUAGUCUGUUAACAAGAAAUGUGUGGAGUGGUUGAAAAAUGAGUUUUAAUGACUCCAACCUAAGUGUAUGUAAUCUUCCAACUUCACCUGUAUCUCUUGGCUCUCUACUAUCAACUAAUGGAAUGUCUUUGUCCCCAGAAUAUUUGUGCCAGCCCAAAACUCUAACGGGGAAUGUGGGAAAUGGUCAGUGGGUAGAUGUGGAAAACUAUUGUCAUAUUGUUUGUCAUUUUUGAUGUUAUUAAAAACUGUAUAUACCAAAUAUUGUAACUUAGGAAGGAAACCCUGUUUAACUGUCAAGUUCUCAUCCAAUCUGAUGUGAAUACAAUUUGAAGAAUGAUGAAAGUAUGCUUUUAAGAUAGGAAUGUGAUUUUGGUUUUCUUUGCACAUUAAGUAGCAACGCUCCGAGCGAGGUCAGAAAGCUUGUCAGCGUGAUGGAACCGCCCUUUUUGACCAGAGUGCUUAAAAGGACUGGCUAAGAAUGAACAUAUCAGACCAGACCUCUUCCUGUUUUUCCCAUGCUGGUGCUGCAGGCACUACUGCCACCAUGAUGCCCUGGACCUCCCUAGUGGUGUCACGCCCUGACCUUAGAGAGACAUUUUAUUUGUCUAUUUGGUUAGGUCAGGGUGUGAUGUGGGGUGGGCAUUCUAUGUUUUUUAUUUCUAUGUUUUGGCCGGGUAUGGUUCUCAAUCAGGGACAGCUGUCUAUCGUUGUCUCUGAUUGGGAAUCAUACUUAGGCAGCCUGUUUUGCCACCUUAGGUUGUGGGAUGUUGUUUCUUGUUAGCUCUGUAAAGCCUACAGAACGUGACGUUCGUUAAUCUUUUGUUUGUUUGUUUGUUUGUUUGUUUGUUUGUUUGUUUGUUUGUUUGUUUGUUUGUUUGUUUGUUUGUUUGUUUGUUUGUUUGUUUUGGUUGGUUUGUUUAGUGUUGUGAGAAAAUAAAGAAUCAUGAAAACAUA